AUGACUGGAACCGUCAUUCACUGGCCAUAUAGAACAAGUCGUCACUCAUCGACCACUCACCUUAUUAGCGACGUAUCAGAUCCGGGCUCCGAAUUGUCAUUUGUCACAGAAGAAUUGGCACAUUCAUUAAGACGAAAAACCGCGAUCAUUCUGCUGCUAGGGAUUGGCGGAACUCAUUCCGGACGCACUAGAGGUGUAGUUUACAUGAAACUUUAUUCCACAUUUAACGAUUUCGAUUCUUUUGUAUUACAAGCUUUUAUCCUUCCGCGGUUAACUUUCGAAAUACCGUCGUUUGAGGUAACACGUGACUCUUGGGCUCACCUCAGUAACUUACAGCUCGCAGAUCCACAAUUCAAUAAACCCGGACCGAUUCAUAUUAUUAUUGGUGCGGACGCGUAUGGUCAGAUCAUUAAGCCGGAAAUAAUCAAAGGAGACUCGUCGUCGCCAGUUACUCAGCUAACUCUGUUCGGUUGGGCAGUUUCAGAUCCCUUCGGCCCGGUAACGUUAAAUCCUGAUGAUGCGGAUUGUGAAGAGCACUUCCGUUCUACGUUCUCUUGGGAUCAAACCGGUCGUUACAUAGUUCGACUUCCGUUAAAGUCUCCGGCGAUUGCGUUAGGGGAUUCCUCGUCUACCGCUCUCCGAUGCUUGUCGCGACUUCAGAAACGGCUUGCGUGUGAUCCUUCGUACUGUAAACUAUAUACGGACUUUUUACAAGAGUAUCAAUCGUUGGGUCAUAUGGUCCCCGUAUUAGAAUCUAAAGCUAACGGUUCUCCUGUUUUUUAUUUACCUCAUCACGGGGUAUUACGCGAAGAUAGUCAGUCGACUUAA